AUGAUUAGAGCAGUACCCCAAAUCACUAGAGUCAGAGUAUCUCAAAGAGCUCAACAAAACUUCACGACUUGGGCAAGGUCAUUGCUGAUACAACAACACCAACAACCACAACAUUCACCUUCUUCAUACCAACUACAUGCUUAUCAGCUUACACCUCAAACCACCUCAACUAGCACAAGUAACAACAACAGUAAUAAUAAUAACAAUAGCAAUAGCAACAGCAGCAACAAUACACCUAAAAAGCGGGAAUUGUCUAAGUACCUGUUACCACUAAACACCAAGUCUGCAUCACAACAAUCUAAUAAAGAGCAAACAAACACACCCUCAACACAGCCACCACUGCGAAGACCAAGGACUGCCAGGUUUAAGAAAGAAACUAUCCCAGAUUUCAACAAUGUAGAAGCAACAUCAACAAACACUCCAUCAUCGGCAUCACCUUCUUCUUCUUCUUCUUCUUCUUCUUCUAGUUCUACUACAACAACAAUUGCACCCGAACCGAAACUCAAAACAGAGCCAGUAGUUAAUGCUGAACCAAAAUCUACACCUGAUUCUGAAUCUACAACAAAUGCAGCACCAAAGAAACUCAAGAAAAGAGUUUUGAAACCAAGAAAACAACUCAUUACUUUAACACCAUCUGCUAUCUCACAUCUCGAGGGAUUAAUGAACCAACCAACACCAAAGUUAAUUAGAAUUGGUGUGCGAAACAGAGGAUGUAGUGGAUUAACCUACGACUUGGACUAUGUUGAAAAACCAGGCAAGUUUGAUGAAUUGAUUGAGCAAGAUGGAGUCAAGGUCCUCAUUGACUCUAAGGCAUUGUUUAGUAUUGUUGGUUCAGAAAUGGAUUGGCUAGAUGAUAAAUUGAGCUCGAGGUUUAUUUUCAAGAACCCAAACUCAAAAGGAACUUGUGGAUGUGGUGAAAGUUUUAUGGUGUAA